CUUUAUUUCCACAAUUCACUAACAACGCAUUCGCACACCCGUUGGAAAGUGGACCAUGGCCGAGCCUCAAAAGUUCUCCCAUAGCGAUUACACCGUUGGCUGGAUAUGUGCCUUGCCAGAGACCGAGUUGGUGGCCGCUAUGGCCAUGUUGGAGGAAAAACAUCCUAUUCUUCCAGCAGCCGAUCCGCACGACGCGAAUACCUAUGCCCUUGGUCGGAUCGGUGACCACAAUGUGGUCAUUGCUUGCCUGCCAGCAGCAACAACAGGCAAAGUAUCUGCUGCUACUGUGGCCAAAGAUAUGAUCCGCAGUUUUCCAGCUGUCAGAUUUGGAUUGAUGGUUGGAAUUGGCGGUGGGGCGCCAUACUAUGGUGUACAGAGGAAUAGUAACUUCAGGGGAGCUCAAGCAGAGGACGAUGAUUCGGAUGAUUCUGAUAGCGACGCUGAAGAUAUACGAGAUAUACGGCUCGGUGAUGUGGUGAUAAGCCUUCACUCAAAAUCGUCGGAUGCUGUUGUGCAGUAUGAUUAUGGGAAAUCACUACAGGGAAAAGAAUUUGUACGUAGUGGUGGUAAGCUAAACAAGCCUCCUAACAUUGUUCUGGGCGCUGUCGGGCACCUCAAAGCGCAGCACGAGUUAGAGGGACACAAAAUCUGCGAGAGAUUAUUGGAAUUGGUUUCAAAACAUCCAGGAAAUGCGACGGAAAUUCCAAUAUCCAGGGUCUAGAAAGGACUGUCUCUUCAAGUCAACCAUUAUUCACACAGAGGGAAAGAGGUCGUGUAAGAAUUGUCGCGGACCCCAGGACAGUAACCUUGUGAGGAGAAAAGACCGGCCUGAUAACUCGCCUCGAUUACACUAUGGGACCAUUGGGUCAGCAGAUCAAGUGAUGAAAGACGCUAUCCUAAGAGAUAGAUGGGCCCGGGAGGAGAGCAUACUGUGC